CUGUUUGGGCUAUGCGUAAAAAUUGGCUAUAUUUGUUCAUGCGUUACAAGUGUUAAUAUUAUAAUUUUUAAUUUUAUCUGUUUAUUUGUGACUCAUUGUUCAAUGGAAGUUGAACGUGAAAUUCUUCGUGUUCUACCCUAGUCGAUGGAUCUUUUGACUUAGAAAAUACUUGAGUGACAUUUGAUUAUCAUAGCGUUGCAUUCUGACAUUCUAAAAAUAAGCGCUAAUUAUUACAUAUACAAAAAAUAUUGAAGAAUUUUAAUUAUUUCGUCACUCAUAACGAUGUUGUAAAUAUAGUUUGACGAAGGAAAAAUAUUUCUUUAUAUUAUACAAGUAUAUACUCGUAUAUUUUGAUAACCUAUCCUAAAGAACUAACCUCAAUAUGAGUUACAACAAAAAGGUAUCAUACUUCUACAAUCCGGACGUAGGAAAUUUCCAUUAUGGCCCCGGACAUCCAAUGAAGCCUCACAGACUUGCUGUAAUCCAUAGUUUGGUAUUAAAUUAUGGUUUGCACAAGAAGAUGCAGAUCUAUCGUCCAUAUCGUGCAAGCACUCAUGAUAUGUGUCGCUUUCAUUCAGACGAGUAUGUUGAAUUCUUACAAAGAGUGACUCCACAAAACUUGCAAGGAUACACCAAAUAUCUAAGUCACUUUAACGUAGGUGAUGACUGUCCUGUUUUUGAAGGAUUAUUUGAUUUCUGCUCCAUGUACACGGGUGCUUCUCUAGAAGGUGCUACAAAACUGAAUAAUAAUUGCUGUGAUAUCGCUAUUAAUUGGAGUGGAGGGCUGCACCAUGCAAAGAAGUUUGAAGCUUCUGGUUUCUGUUAUAUUAAUGAUAUCGUAAUAGCAAUCUUAGAAUUGUUGAAAUACCAUGCUAGAGUACUUUAUAUAGAUAUAGAUGUCCACCAUGGGGAUGGAGUACAAGAAGCAUUUUAUCUCACGGAUAGAGUGAUGACGGUAUCUUUCCACAAGUAUGGAAACUAUUUCUUUCCUGGUACUGGAGAUAUGUAUGAAAUUGGAGCAGAAAGUGGGCGAUAUUAUUCUGUUAAUGUACCCUUGAAAGAGGGCAUUGAUGAUACAUCUUAUGUUCAAGUAUUUAAGCCUGUUAUAUCUCAUGUAAUGGAGUUCUUCCAACCAACUGCUAUAGUUCUACAAUGUGGAGCAGAUUCGCUCGCAAAUGAUCGUCUUGGCUGUUUCAGUUUGAGUACAAAAGGUCAUGGAGAAUGUGUGAAAUUCGUGAGAGACCUAAAUGUGCCAUUGCUUACUGUUGGAGGUGGAGGAUAUACUUUGCGUAAUGUUGCGCGUUGCUGGACCUACGAAACCUCUUUGCUCGUCGAUGAACAAAUCAGUAAUGAACUACCCUAUACAGACUACCUGGAGUACUUUGCACCAGACUUUACAUUGCAUCCUGAUGUUGUAACUAGACAAGACAAUGCGAAUAGCAAACAGUAUUUAGAGGCUAUUACGAGACACGUUUACGAUAACUUGAAAAUGAUUCAACACUCUCCAAGCGUCCAAAUGCAGGAUGUUCCAUGCGAUGCAUUGCCUCCAGAAGAAGAAAGGCAACCAGAACCUGACCCUGACUCCAGGCAAAAUACACAGGACACUGAUAAGAUAGUUGAACCAAAUAAUGAGUAUUAUUCCGGAGAAAAAGAUCAGGACAAAAUGGACGUAAGUGAAUCGUGAUAAAGGUCGGGACAAAUUAAACAUAAAAUAGAAAUAACGUUGUAGUAGGACUACGACUAUGUUCACCAGUAUGGUACAACAAACGACUGAGAACUAAUUUCUUUUGACACGAAACUUGUAAAUACUAUAUACAAAACUUAUAAAUAUCAUCGAUUUAUUAAAGACUUUUUUCUUAAUUUGUGCAUUUACCAACUUCCUGUUAUAUAAUAAGAUAUAAUAACUCCCAAUUUUUAAAUAGUCAUUAGGCAAGUUUAUUGUUUUAUGUCAGACAGCAUAUUGUCUACAAUGGUACAACAAUGACGAUGAGGAUGAUAUUAAUAGUAGCAAUAGUAUUAAUAGUAAUAAUAGUAGCAGUAGCAGCAGCAGUAGUAGUAGUAGUAAUAAUAGUAGUAAUAGUAAUAAUAAUAGUAAUAAUAAUAAUAAUGAUGAUAAUAAUAAUAAUAAGAGCAAUAACGAUAACGUUUCUAUCUCUGUUUCGGGGCUAUUUCGCUAUAUCACAGAGAACUUAAUCUUCAUGAAUAUUUUCGUUCGUUCUUUACUAUACUCAGAAAGUAGAACUUAAACGAUGCUUUCUUCUCUCUCUAAUAAAUUUGCUGCUCGGCUUCCGUAUAAUAUUAUAAUAUAUAUAUAUAUACUAAAAAACGUGACUAAUACAAUAAAUUAGGUUUUCUCUUUUUUAAAUUAAGGCGCUUCAUUCUGUACAUUCGUUCUUAAAACUUUACAAAAGUUUCUCGAAAAAUAAUACAAGUAGAAAAAUACUCACAGUAUGAGAGGAACGGAAAUAUUUACCUCGACACUUGUGUCAGUUACAAAAAAAUGCAAGACUUA